UGGAAAGCCUCGUUUUCCACCAACCGCAACGAAACGCCUAUACAGGAGUAAUAUGCGGAGAAGAGUCCUUGGGUAGGUCAUGAGCCUAGAAUACCUGUGUAGUUAUAUACUCGCCGCGCCUUGAACUAGGCAAUUUCAGUUUCUCUCCCCCGGAUUACUUUGUGCAGCCCUUACUUUUCGCAUUCACGAUGCAUCUCCUGGCCUUUGCAUCGGCCCUGCUGCUCCCCGCUCUCACACAUUCCCUUGCUCUCUCCAAGCGCGCCUCAACUCUGAUACCGAAAUCGUGUUUCGACAACACCACUAUCUUCGAAUCCUACUUCGUCUACAAUUACCCAUGGGGUGGCACUACGCACAAUGGAGGUGCGCGAAUGGAUAAAGCACACGUUGCCCUGAGCCCGCCCGGCACGUUGGCAAUAACCGCGGAGCCGGUAACUGGUCAGCCGCCCGCAACCCACGGUGGCAAGCAAAUCGCCAUAAACUACCUCUCUGGAGCGAUCGGCGCGAAACAGCACUUCACCAUCCCAAAAGGUGGCGGGCUUGUGUUUAGCGGGAGUUUCCAGGCGACGACGACUAAAGGGACAUGGCCCGCGUUCUGGCUGACGGCAGUAGAUGGGUGGCCUCCAGAGGUGGAUAUGGCGGAGUGGAAAGGCUCUGGGAAGAUCAGCUUCAAUACGUUUAACACCAGCAGUGUGUUGCAGUGGAAGGACGUGACGUAUAGUAAUCCAGGGGCUUUUCAUGAUAUCAAGUGCCAGGUUAGAGAUCAAGGGAAUGGGAAGGACGCGCAGGUGAAGUUUUGGAUGGACGGGACGGAGGUAACCACGCACUAUGGGAAAGAUUAUGUGGGGAAGCCUCUGUAUCUGGUCAUCAAUCUCCAGAUGGAAGGGAGCAGUGGGAGCCCGGGACCGAAGACCAGUAAGUACCGGCAUGGCAAAAGCAAGGCCGAAGAUUAGCUAACUUGGCAGAUACGAUAUACGCGGUCAAGAACCUAGAAGUGACGACGCUGUAAAUGCGAUAUUGACAAAAUCAUAUGCAUUGACGCCGGCUAGCGUCCCUCAUUCGCUGGAAGCUGGUUAUCAGCUCGAGAAACGCCGAUUCUCCCCUUAAGCGGAUGAGAAGAACGCCUAGCAAGU